GCUCACCUCAGCAGCUGCCAGCAGGGCUCGUACGGGCGCUUAUUUUGGUGCUUCUAUUGCUGGAAAGUAGGAAUUGUGAAUUUCGCAACUCAGCCUCAUUCAUUGAAAGUUCGCACUGGCAGGCAUGGCGUGAUUGGCGCCCGUCACCUCGAGUUUCAGCUCCAAGCUGCGUGUUGUAUCUAAAGCAUUUGAAAGAUGGAAAGCGAGGAGGACGACAUGCCGGAAGCAAUUCCCUUGCAGCUGGGAUUUCUUGAGGGAAUUCAACCUGAUUCCGCAUUGGAACCGGCAGGAUCGCUUGCGAGUCCGUCAACAUCAUCUGUUCAGCAAGACAAGCCGCCGACAGAUUUUUCGAAUGAGCCGACGACUGCAGGCGCGGCCGGAACAGGGAUUGACAAGACGAAAGCCGUACCUGUUACCAUCAUAACUGGUCACCUGGGGUCCGGCAAGACCACGCUUGUGAACCACAUUCUGACCACGAACCACGGUCUCCGGAUCGCGGUCAUCCUGAACGAGUUUGGCGAAGGUCUGGGGAUCGAGAAGCCGGUUAUUACUAACCCGGAGAACCUGGUUAGCCAGGAGGAGCUGGUGGAGGACUGGAUUGAGCUGGGGAACGGCUGCAUCUGCUGCAACGUGAAGGGGGACCUACUGCAAGCGAUCGAGGGGCUGCUGGAGAAGAAGAGGGGCCGACUUGACCACAUUUUGCUUGAGACGACGGGCCUCGCCGACCCCGGCCCCGUCGCUGCCGCGCUCUGGGUCGACGAGGAACUCGAGUCGCCGAUCCGUCUCGACUCGGUGGUGACCGUUGUUGACGCCAUAAAUCUGGGCAGGCAGCUGCGUGGGCUGGGCCAGCGCGGCGGUGUCAAUGAGGCCGUGCUGCAGAUUGCGCACGCGGACGUCGUGAUCUUGAACAAGGUAGAUCUAGUGGAAGGUGGGACCGAGGGUGAGUCAACACGCAAGGAGGGGGCUGUUUCUUUCGGUCAGGCUGCGGAGGCUUCUGGGAAGCGCAACGUAGAAGGAAACCCUGUGGACGAGAGGAAGAGAGGUUCGGAGGCGCGCACUGAAGGCGAGAUUGGGCAGGGUAGUGACCUCGGCGAGAAUGGAAGGGGUUCUGCGGAGGGGGAAGAGGCAGAUGUCGUGGGCGAGAAUGGGGACGCAUUGUUGGGGCGGAGGUCAGCAGAUGUUCCGGAGGGGUCCGGGGAGGAAGGAGAAAUGGACGGGAGUUUCAACGAGGCGAGUGUAUCACCGAACGGGGGCCUUGAGAGAGAACGAGAGCAUCCCGCUGUCGAACCGGGUGGCCCGGGGUUGCCAGAUGAAACGGUUGGCCUGAGUGAUUCAGGAGGUGCUGCCGCAAGAGGAAGACUUCCAGACGAUCUGACGGGUCAUCGGGAAGGGUUAGGAGGGGUUAAGACUGGUUUAGCUUCGGAAAGGACCCGAUUAGAUACCGCCGGAAUAGCAUCGUCGCUGAGUUGGGAGGGGAAGGAGCGGGCCUUGACACUACUAGAAAGUCAGGUCCUGCAGAUCAACUCUGUGGCGCGGGUCAUGCGGGCCGUUCGGUGUCAAGUUGACGUCGCCAAAGUAUUUCGAACAAGCUCUUUUGAUCCGAAGCGACUAGAAGCGGGGAUUCCUGACGACAACGGGGACGGAAACGGGAACGGAAGCGGGUCCCCCGGGCACUCCCAUAGGCACGACAGUGCGGUCGGGACGGUCACUCUGAGGAGCCCCGACCGCUUCGACCUCGCCCGGUUGGAGCGCUGGCUGGGCGAGCUGCUGUGGGAGCGGUCUGGCACUUUGGACGUGUACCGAAUGAAGGGCGUUCUGAACAUUGUGGGACGGGAAGAGAAGCAACUUUUGCAGGCUGUCCACGAUCUGUACGAGAUUCGACCAGGGCAACGAUGGGGGAACGAAGAGGAACGCAUCACCAGAAUCGUACUGAUAGGGAAAGGACUCGACCUGGAGGCUCUCCAAGCUUCUCUGCAGAAGUGUCGUUGCUAAGGACUUUCAACGACUUGAUGGGGAGCAGAGUUGAUGUCGCAACACUCAGCCUUUCGCAUGGUUGUGUUUGAGUUUCCAUCAGCAGCUGAUUCAAGUGAAGCUAUUAUGUUUUGGAGUUGUCUGCAGAUGGCCUUCAGUGAGCCCCCACUGCUUCAUCCUUGGUAGCCGCUCAGCGAUGGUUAGGAUGCAACUCAGAGUCGAUUACUGAGGUGAAUGAGUGGCCACCAUGCAAUAAUUGUGCAGUCGACCGUCUCCGCUCAAAAUGUUCCACCCACUAAGUCAGGUCAGAGGCUAUCUCGAGGAUCACACAAUAGAACAUGCUGGCAUGGGAAACUGAAGAGACAAUUGUGCGGGCACAAAUAUUCGUUCAAUCAAGGGUGCGCACAGGGCCGCCUGCUUGAGAAGUAAGGUCGAUUGCCUUCGCCCGGCACAUGCACUGCGCAUGUGUCAC